AUGCUGACGCUGGCGCCGCUUCUCGCCAGCCAUGUUGUUUCAGGCCAUCCGUUGCUGCUCCAGCUCGCGUUGCCGCGGCUCUCGUUGCCUCUUGCGUCAGCGCCGCCGCGGGUGCCGCUCGCCGCUGCUUGCCUGGCGCCAGCCUCGACGCUGCACCCUCGCUGGGUAAACACGCUCAACGUGGCGCUUGAGGCGUCGGCGAUGUCAACGCUGCUCGCCUACAUGCUGGUUGACGUCGCAGCCACCUUCUCGGUGCUCGGCGCGCUCACCAUUCUGCGCGUGGCGGUGCCGGCCGACUUUGCGCUCGCCCUGGCGCUCUCAAAGGCGCUGCGCGGACCGCGGCUCGCGCUGGACGCCAGCCUGGCCGCCUGGCUGACGAGGCGCUUCCCCGCCCUCCGCGCCGUCAAGGUGUCGCUCUGUUUCGACGAGUUUGCAGCCUCGCUGCACUCGGUGGGAAGCAGCUUUGACGAGGGCCGGCAGGCUGCUGGCGGCGCUCCUCCGCACGCGAACGCGCCGCCGCGCGCGAGCGCUCCGCCGCGGGCGAAGCUGGCGACCGCCGCGCAGGCUGCGCGCCAGAUGACCUCGCAGUACGGCCUUGCGUACAUGGCGGCGAAGAAUGCCGUCGCCCUCGCCUCGAUGCUCAUCACGCUCGCCGCCCUCCGGACGGCGAGAUCGGCGACGGCGGCGCUCAUCGCCCGGCUCGGCGUCAGCUCGGCGGCGGGUGAGCUCGCGGGCCGAGCCGCCCUCGCUGUAACGAUCCACUACGCGUUGUUUCCUGCGCCGAUGGCAUACAUGAAGGCGCGCUGCUCCCAGUCGAAGGGCGCCAGCCAGACCGACCCGUUGGGAGCACAGUCGGCCGGUGUCGCCUCCUCACUUGCGGCGCAGCCCGUCGACACAUUGCUCGACGCGGUCUCGGCUGCGGGCGUCGGCCGGCUGGACUGUCUGCGCGACCUGGCGGAGCCGCGGCAGGCCGUGCCAGAGUCCGCCGCUCUGAUAGAGGCGCUCCUUCGACCUGGGAAGCCCAUCCUCACUCCUCAGGAGGCAGAGGUGCUGCGCGCGUGCAGUGUUGCGGCCGCGCCGGGGGAGAUGUCGCCCACCCACUCGCAGCUCGAGCGCGCCGCGCGCUCCUUUGCAGACGUCCGGCCACUGCCCGCAUCGGUGUGCAGCCGGCUCGUCUCUCUACUCCGGCCGAGCGGUGCGGCGUCGGCCGCGGACGACGCCGUGGCCGCCGCGCUGCUCGCUCCGCUGCUCGUGGGCAAGACCCUUGGCGCGACUCUCGGCGGCUGGGGCGCUGCGCAUGUGCUGCUGCUCCUGCUCGGCGACCGUUCUCCUGCCUCUGCCGCCACAACCACGGUGGUUCGGAUGCCGCUCGAGGCGGCGGCAGCGCGCGUGCAGCUCGUCCCUCUCCCUCCGGCCUGGCGGGUCGGUGCUGCCUCGCACGCGCUGCAGGCGGCGGUGCAUGCCGUGGCCGACUCGCGCGAGGAUGACCCGCGCCGGCUUGUGGACGGGGACCUCGUCCUCGCCCUCGACGGCGAGCUCCUCUCUGAGACGUCGCAGCUCACCGUCCUGCGCGACACCGCCCGCGCGGCCAGCAGUGCCGCGCCGCACCGGCCCACCAGCAGGCCAGACGCUAAGGCGGGCGCGCUAAAGGAGACGUCGCGCGCGGCGGAGGUGCGGCGCGAGCAGGUCGCCCUCAUCCACGCGCGGGCUGAGGAGGCGGCCGAGGCACGCGCAAGUGAGCUGGUCGCUGCGGGCGGUGCCGCCGCAGAGGCGCGGAUCGAGGAGGUGAAGAGGGAGGCGGAGGCGGAGCGAGAGGCGGCGCUGCAGCGCGAGCGAGAGCGGCUGCAGCGGCUCCACCUCGAGGAGAUGGCCUCGCUCCGCAAGCAGCUCGGCGCGGGCGGCGGCGCGGCGGGCGCGGGGGCGCGCGAGCUGACCGAGCUCGCGCGGCUAGCGGGCGGCAACGGCGUGCUCAACGCGGCGGCGCUCGCCCUCGGAGCAGAGGCGAGCUCGAGCUCGCGAUAUGAGGAGAUAUGGGGAGAUAUGGGGGGAGCAGAGGCAAGCUCGAGCUCGAGCGGCGAGCGGCGGCGGGAGAGGGCGGAGCGCGAGGCCCGCUCGCAAGGGCCGCAGGAAGAGGCGUCGUUCGAGGCCCUCGCUCUACCCGCCGCCAAGCGGCAGCACGCCUCCGCGCCGGCCCCUGCAGAGGCCUCCCGCCCCGGGACUUGCCGUGCCGGGACUUGCCGUGCCGGCGGAGGCAGCGGCGGCGGAGGCAGCGGCGGCGGAGGCAGCGGCGGCGGAGGCAGCGGUGCCGCGCGCGGCGGAGGCAGCGGUGCCGCGGCGCGACCCGGCGCCGCCGCCGUUUGAGGCGCCGCUUCCCGCCUCGCCGCUUACUCUGCCGCCCGCACAGCCGUCCCCGUCCGCCUCGCCGCCCGCACGGCUGCUCCUCUCGCCCGCGCUCCCCCCCCCACAACGGGCGCCGUUGCCGCCUCCCGUAUUCGGCUUGGCGCCCGAGUUGGCCGACCCCCGGCAGCCGGUCUCCGAGUGGCCGGGCUGGGCCCAGCUUCGCGCGGAGAUCUCGCCCAGCACGCAGCCAGGGCCCGCGUGCGAGUCCUUGCCGCGGCGGCCAGUGUCAGCUGCACGGGCCCUCUCCGCCACCACCUCGCCCGGCCGCAACCCUGCGUCUCCGCCAGGGCUGGCACAAAUGCGUCUCGGUGCGGAGGCGCUGCAGGCACGGCUCGACGCGUUGCGCAGACGGCCGGUUGGGUUUGGACAGCCGGUUGGGUUUGGAGAGAGGCGACCCUUCUGUGUCUCUUAGCGCGGACAGACGCUCUCGCUGGCGUCCCUUGUCCCAUGCCUGUCUCCGCUGUGUGCUCCGCCGGGUAGAGCCAUACAAGUAGAGAGAGUGUCUCCCAGUAAGCUAAAAGUACGUACAAGU